UGAUACAAAAGGCAGAGCUUGACAGAUUCAAAUAAUUCCCUCACGUCACUACCCGUCUUCUUUACCUGAACUCUCACCAUUCUCUCUUGUAGCCAAUUGUUCUUGUUCUCACUAUUUUUCUAUUUGUUUUUUUUCCCCUAAUCCUUUAAUUAAUGCAGCACGACGCUCUCAUGGACUUUCUCCAAUCUCCAUUCUCCUAUGUUCUCUUCCUCAAGCUUCUCUCCAAUAUUCUCAAAUUCUCUUCUCUUGGAUCUGAAGACUCUGUUGUCAAAUCGAUUGGAUUUCAGGUGUUUGCUUCGACUUUCAUGGGUUGCGGAUGAACGGAAAUGUCUGAAUCUUCAUCGUGGUGAAUUGGAAUUUUCUGAUCAGAAGAUAUACCUUCCGACCAAACUAUUUUAAAUUAUGGAUUGCCCUUAUUCUCUGUGGGCAUUUUUUCCCUUGUGACGAUUGCUGUAGAUAUCUAAUUUCCAACGUAAAUGGCUUCAUCUUUGGAGGAACUUCUGGCAGAAGAAGGAUUCAAGGGAAGUAGAAGAAUCGCAAGGACCAGAUCUUCCCUCCAGUCUAAUCCUGUAACCAAGCCCCAUUACUCUAUCAUUGACCAAGAAAAGAGACUUUCUGUAUCAGAUGACAGAAUUAGAGCGGAGAGAACAAAAUCUUAUGCCUCACAAUGUCGGAUUGGAGAUAAUAGAGAUACUGCUCAGAGCUGGAGACCAAGGGAUAAUCUUGCUGAAAGAGAUAAAUUGGAUGAAGGAUUGAAGAAUGAAAAUGUUGAGAAAUCUUCCAGCAACACGAAGUUAAGUAAAAACCAUGACAGCAAAACAUCAGCACGCAUACCUAGGAAAGAGAUAAUUGAAGUGGGUGAGCAAAAAGAUAAUAGAGUUAAAGAUAUAUAUUCCAAUGAAUUGUUGAUUGCAAAUAGAGGGAAAGAAAAAGAUUUCAUUGAUUUCAGGUAUAGGGAGAAGUGGCAUGGGACGCUGGUCAAGGAUGCAAAGUUGGAUAAGAGGCAUGGCAGCAGUUCUAGCACACUUAUGGUUGGACAGUUGAGUGGAAAUACAAGGAAGAAUAUAAAGCAACAAGACAGGUCACGCAGUAGAUCAAUUAGCGGAAGCUUUGAAAAUAGUUAUAAUAAAAAGCAUGGUCUUGCAACGCAGACACCUGCUGAUCUAGCUCUUGAUGAAGUUGCUGUACAAGCAGUUGUUUCUAUUCUCAAUGGUUAUAUAAAACGCUUUCUAAAAGAUGAAGAUUUUCGGACUACAAUCCAUCACAAUUGUUUUUCUUCCUUGAAUUUCAUUGAACUGGAAGACGAGAACGGUACUGAGACCAAAGUCAUAAGAAGUCUUGAACAAGCUAUUGAUACAAUAGAAGAAGCUGCCAAGGAGUCUGUAUCUCAAAAAGAAUUGAAAAGGACCUCUUUGCAGCUAAGCAUUAUUACAGGUCUAAGCUUAAAUGAUUUGAAGUAUGGUAUUACAUGUGGGAUUCCAAAUUAUAAGUUGUCAGCCUGUGCUCAUCUUUACCUCAGUGUUGUAUAUAAGAUACAGAGAAAGGAUAAGAUAUCAGCGAAGCAUCUUUUGCAAGUAUUUUGUGAUUCACCUUCUCAGGCGCGGACAACAUUGCUGCCUGAAUUGUGGGAGUACUUAUUUUCUCCACAUCUUUCUCAUUUGAAGGCAUGGUACAACAGGGAAGUUCAUAUUCUAGUUGAUAUGCCAAGCAAAACGAGAAAAAUAAAGCAUCUUGAAAAGGUGUAUAAUGAGCAUUUGGAUUCUGGGACUUAUUCAUUUGCUGUAUACUACAAAGACUGGCUCACCGAAGGCGCAGAAGCUCCGUCAGUUCCUUCUGUCACCAUUCCAUCAAUAUCUGCUUUAGAAAGUCGGCUAGGAAGUUCCCUUGGUCAUUCUUCUGAAUUGGCUUCGUCUGUUGAUUCGUUCUCACCACAGCCAAUGGUCAGCAAAAAACUGUAUGAUUCUGUCUUUGGUAGCUCGAGUAAAGCUGGAGUGGAAGAGGAGGAAGAGCAUACAAUGGAAGAUAACUUAGAGAGCUGCAUGAGACACUCACACGGUUCAUCUAUUGCUGAACAAAAAUUAACGUUUGUCUCUGAAGUGGUUAAAUAUACAGAUGAAGAUACUGAAGAAGAUUUUAAUAAGAUGACACUUGCUAUUGAGCGCCAUACUAAGGGAACCUCAAUGAUAGAUGAACAAAAAUGGCAGGGGAAAAGUGUCAGUGAUGAUAUUCCUUACUCUUUCACUCGUGUAGAAAGCAACAUGCUAGAUGAUCUAUGGCAUGAGAGAACUAGGAAUGAGGAAUCAGUCUCCAGCUCUGUUGUAAAUCCAACAGAGACGAGCUCUUCUCCUAAAGGAUUAUAUUUUCCAACUGUUCCACAGGAGUUCGUUUGUCCUUUGACUGGAACUUUAUUUAGGGAACCAACUACCCUUGAGACUGGUCAAACCUUUGAACGAGCAGCCAUUAAAGCCUGGUUUGAAAAGGGAAAGAAAACUUGCCCUGUGUCUGGAAAUAGUUUACAUUGUGGUGCCCUGCCAUUUACUAACCUUGUUUUGAAGCGUCUGAUUGAUAAUUGGAAGUCAGAACAAUUUAGUCACGUCCUGGAUUUUGCUUCUCAAAUUGUGGGCAAAGAAAGCCAUAAACUGAAACAUGAUGCGGCCUCUGUUUUUAAUUUGGAGAGUCUCUUUACUUCAUUGGAUGGAGUAAACAAAACAAAUUAUGUCAAGCAACUCAUAUCUAUAGGGCUCCUGUCAUUUCUUUUUAGGAGGUUUGAAUUAGGAAAUGCGGAAGAGAAAACACAUGUGUUGGCACUAUUGCUACAUUGCAGUGAAGCAGAUUCUAGUUGCAUGCAUCAGAUCGCAAGAAACAUUGAUAAAAAAUGUCUUCUUGACCUUCUUCAAAGCAAGGAUGUUGCCCCAAGAACAAGCACAAUUUCAUUACUUACUGAAUUAUUCUCUCUUAAAAGAAAUGAUGUUAUUUCCUUCUUAAAUGGCUUUUCUGGUGCGGACAUACUGAACACAAUGAAUGCUCUACUUUUGUAUCUUGAUUCUUCUCUGCAUCAAAAGCCCCUUGUUGCUGUUCUUCUGUUACACCUUGAUUUACUGGUAUGCUCCCAAUAAUCCUGAAAAUCUUGUUCUGGUUUCCCCAUCGUAUGCAUUCAAUGUCAUUUUUCUUGUACUAUUAGAAACAAUCUUGACUGACGUGAAAAGCACAUAAACGGAUCAGGCAACAUGAAAAUCCCAAAACAUUUAAUGUAGGCAUUGGUUUAAUCAACAACUUGGAUAUAAUUAUUUUACUUUUUAAAAUUAUAUAAGCUAGAUAUCGGAAUGUAGUGAUCUUUCUAAUUAAUUACUUGCAUAAACUAAAUGACCUGCAAGUACACUUGCAUGCA